AUGAGCUCGCCUUGGAUCUUCCUCUGCCCCUCGAGCAGGGGCAUCGGCCACGCCCUCACGCGCCGUCUCCUGCUCACGACCUCGCUGCCCAUCCUCGCGACCAGCCGUCGCGAUCCGUCGUCCACAAAGUCCUCUCUACUGGCCGACCUCCCCUCCGCCAGCGACCUCGCGCCCCGGCUGAGCAUCGUCAACCUGGACGUCACGGACGAGUCAUCCGUCCAGGCCGCCGCCGCGCGCGCGAGGGAGCUCUUCCCCGCCAAGACGCACCAUCUGGGCCUGGCAUGUGCCAUCCCGGGCAUCCUACACCCAGAGAAGAACCCCAAGCAGAUCGACUACGACAAGGCCCUCGACCAGUUCCGCGUCAACACCCUGGGUCCCCUCCUCCUCAUCAAGCACUUCUCCGAGUUCCUCCCCAAGACCACGGCGGAGAUCAGCGCGUCCCCCGCCGACGACGAGGUCCGCCUCCCCCAGAGGGGCACGUGGCUGAGUAUGUCCGCCCGCGUGGGCUCCAUCUCGGACAACAGGGCCGGCGGGUGGUACUCGUACCGCGCCUCCAAGACCGCCGUCAGCAGCAUCUCCAAGAGCUUUGACAACUUCCUCCAGGCCCGGAGCGGGGACAAGGCCCUCGCCGUCGGCUACCACCCCGGCACCGUCAAGACGGAUCUCAGCAAGGGCUUCUGGGACAGCGUGCCACAGGACAAGCUCUUCACGCCCGACGAUGCGGCCGCCAAGAUGGUGGACGUUAUCAAGGGUCUCGAGCUGAGCCAGAGGGGGAAAUGCUGGGAUUACAAGAACGAGGAGGUCCCUCCCUAA